GCCUGAGUGCUUUGCAUCCCUGAACGGGUGCUCACCUUGACACCGGACCCUCCCUCUGAGUUGCCAACGCCUAGCGCCCUCGCCGCCGCCACCGAGACGGCGAGCUCCGCGCCGGAUCGACCAUCGACAGCAACGCACGAGAACCUCACUGAUGGCGGCAGAUGCUGCAGCGCUAGAGGCGCCGCCACUCGAGAGGCCCUCGCUGGGGGAGGCCACCCUCGACGACGAGACCCGGGCCCUCGUCGUCCCCGAUGCCGCUGACCUCCCGGCGUCUCCCCCCUCUGCCGUCGAGGCUAACUUCGCGCGCUACUUCAUCGCUGAUUUUAUGAAUCCAGGGCAUGAUCAGUAUGUGUACCGCCAUCCAAACGGAUUGUGUGUGGUUGGUUUAGCUCCAGCCCACGUUGCGUUUAAAGAGGAAGGAGGUAUAACCGCUGUUGACUUCAAUGUUGGCAAGUCAGAUCGCAGUGAGAUGAAAGUCACGGGCAAACGCAAGAGGAAUGCACAACAUUUGCAAGAAAACUCAGCGCUGUGCAAAGUUUGUGUAAAUGAUAAAUCUUUUGUCGUGAGGUGCUGUGUUAAAGGCUCCCUUUUGGAGAUCAAUGAUAGAUUGAUCAAACAACCAGAUCUUCUUAAUACCGCCGCUGACAGAGAAGGAUAUAUAGCAAUCUUCCAGCCGAAACCAGCUGAUUGGCUCAAGAUUAAGGAUAAAUUUCUUAGUUACAAGGACUACAGGAACUUGAGAGGAGCAUGCUGACCCCAGACACCUGAAAGGAGUUUUGAAGAUAAACCAGUGCUUAGGUGUGAUUCAACCAUACGGCGUGAUGAUAUCUUUAUAAGUUUCAGUUAGCUACUGAUACUGUUACUCAAUGCUUCUCAGCCCACAAAACAUGGAAACUUGGACCAUGUUGACCUCUCAAGGAAUCUGAACUGGACUGGUGUUACUCAACUUAUCAGUCGACUCAUAUGUCAGCUCAUUUGGUGAAGAGCCACUGACAAUGGUUGCUUUGUUUCUUAUGUUGGAAAAUUGAUGUACAAUGAAUCGGUCAUUUGUGCCUCCACAUUACUUCCCAAUGUAUCAACAGAUGCUUUUGCUCCAA